CGUCGAAACAAAAAUUGCUAUUCUCUCCAUAACGACCAACGAAUCCCUUCCCAAUCUCAACCGGAAAGCAGAGAUGAGUUCUACUGAAGUUUCCACCAAGGGCGGCAGAGGCAGGAAAGCUUCCACCAAGUCUGUCUCCAGGUCUCACAAGGCUGGUCUUCAGUUCCCUGUCGGCCGUAUCGCCAGGUACCUCAAGAAAGGCCGUUAUGCACAGCGUGUCGGCUCAGGCUCCCCGGUCUACCUCUCCGCCGUCCUUGAAUACCUUGCUGCUGAGGUUUUGGAGUUGGCGGGGAAUGCUGCGAGGGACAACAAGAAGAACAGAAUCAUUCCAAGACAUAUCCAGCUUGCGGUGAGGAACGAUGAGGAAUUGAGCAAGCUUUUGGGAUCGGUUACGAUUGCAAGCGGAGGAGUGAUGCCGAAGAUUCAUCAAUCUCUUUUGCCGAAGAAGGCCGGGAAUGCGAAAGACAAAGCUGAAAUCGGAUCGGCCUCUCAGGAAUUCUAGGUUAUAGUAGAAAUGGCCAUUGAUGAAUAGAAAAUCAAAUAGUUAUUUAGGUUAUGUUAGAUUUUGUCAUUAACUUCAAUGAAUGGGUUCAUUCUUCUUUUGGUUUGUAAAUUUUGCGAAACGAGUUUCACUUAGAUUUGUAUCUGUUAUCAUCGCCGUCGUUCAAAUUUUAUGUUAUUCAAUGUAAAUGCUGAUGAAGUUCAACAUUAAUGAAAUCGUAUGUAUUUAUUUGAAUU